CGCGAGCAUGAGCAUCAUACCGAGAGUGGGCCCCGCUGCUCCAAUCUUAAUUUAAGUUGUUAAUUUUCGCGCUCAGUGCCUGUGCUAAAUGACCUUAAGUGAUUCUCGACCUACCUGUAGGUAGAAGCCCGCGAGCUGAGUAAUUCCAGUAGUAACGCGAUCCACUCUCUGGAACGGCAGAGUGUCAGAGAGUGCAUCAUGAUUUGAGCCGAUGCACAAUUAAAAUCUAAGAAUUGUUUAUAUGUUUUGUUUUCUAUUGGGGAGAAUCAUCGCGUAUCCACAAGUAUCUGUAAUUCCAAUCGUCACGAUUUAUUGACACGAGCAGUUUACUUAGCAAGUAAAUGAGCGGAGAGCAAGACCAAGACCAAGAGCGAGAGCGAGAGAGUGUUUUAUACUCACACACACACACACACAAUAUCCAACCGAAAGCUUUGGCCAAACAGCUGUUUCAGUGUACGAAUUAAGCUUUGGGGUUUAUUGCUCUCUGAGCAUGUGACACUGGCUGCACUUUCCAGCCGGAGAGAUAGAGACCCACCACCACCACACCACCUCCUCUCUUCAAAGGUAGCUCCGAUUUUUAUCAGCACGAAGUACGAGUCACACAGAUAAGGAGGAGCCGGCGGGUGUUAAGUCAUUUCGGAAAUUUAUCGUUACUUUGCGCAAUCGAAUGGGAAGGGAGAACGACGAACACGACCCGUAAUGCAGUGCGUAGUCGAGUAGAAACCCCAUUGGAGCAACAAUCAUGAAUAAGCUGCGAUCCCUGCUGCCGGGCCAACAGACGCCCUCUCAGGCCUCCAACCGCCACUCUGUGGUGCUGGAACCGGAGAUUGGCUUUCAGAUCACCAUCGAUACCGCUGGCGGCGAGAGUGCAGCCAAGAACUCAACGGCGGUGCCAGAACUCAAUGUCCAUCUGAUAGCCGCCCGACAUCUUCCCUCCCUGUUCGGCUUCAAGAUCGUCCAGGGCUAUUUAAUUAAGGUGAAGCUAUUUCCCGGAACGAAGCGCUUGGACAGCAGCAUUCAAACCAACACGUGGCCAAAGUUCAAUGAAAACUUCAAGUUUCCACUGGUUCCAGACAUUAAAUCUUCACUGAAACAUGGCUCCGCACGGGACAUGCUGUCCCGCCGUUCCACCAAUACCCACCAGACGACUCCCGCGAAUCACUUACCCGAGCCCGACGAACUUUUUGCCGGCCAAUUUGUGGUCUUCACUGUGUACGCGCUCCUGGAAUUACCUGCCGCAAGUUUCAAUCGCUUUAACAAGACAUACCGCUCGCUGAAGGAAAGGAGCUCCAAUUUUGUGCAGCGCCUGGUUGAGUCCUCGCCGGGUAGUACGCCCAACGAAUCCAAGCCCGAAACUCUUGGCAAGCCAAACGAAGGCAAGUCGAAGAAGAAGUCUGACAAUCCAAGGGAUGCCAUGCCACCGCUGACCAUCAGUGAGUCCCGCCGGAACAUAGGUUCCGUCACUUGCUACCUGGAGCCCAAGCUUUUUAAGCGGAAUGCACGAACUGGUUGCUAUUCCUCGGAAGAGCUGUGGCUUCCCAUCAAAGAUAUAACGACGACAGUCUCCAAAACAUCGUCCACCAGCAACAACAACAACAAUAACACUCUUAAUAACUCACCCAAAGGCGUUGUCGAGCUGGCCCUCGAGGUGCGCGAUCUCGGCGCGGGGCAGACACCAGGCGAAGGCGGCGAAGCAGAGACUCCUUUCGCGACGCCAACUCCUGCAGCAGGUCCUGCAUCGAACAAUUGGCAGCGGAUGACCGCCGAGAUGAAGCGGAAGAUGGGCAUGAGCAAUGCCAGCAGUGCCGAGUCCGGCAGAUACGUGCUACGCGUGACGACCACGCGCAUGCGCUGCUCCAACAAAGUCAAGGAUGAGCUGGAGGCCACGGCCAGUGCGGGUGUCUACGUGAAGACCACUGCAUUUGAGCAUGGCAUCUACAUCGAUGCCUGGAAGUCGCCCAGCUUCUUCCCGUCACUGUCCACCAAGUGGGACGAUGGCACGGACGCCAAUGAGGGAACCAUAGCCAUUCCGUUGCGGAGUCUGGGUCAGCUGGAGAACAUUGUCGUACGGGUUACGCUGGCCACCAAGAAGAUGGGCAAGAAACUGGUCCUUGGCACGGUACUGAUCGGAGGGGAUCGUGCCGGUGACACGGGCUCGGAGCAGAUGCGUCUCAUCCGGGAGACUCCGCCCGGCGAGCGGGUGGCUGCAUGGCACUGCUACCACUAGUGGCGCACCAGCUCCUGCUCCAGUCCCAGACGAAAGCCAAGCAAUUCCAUGCCAAUCUUCCAAUGUUAAUAGCGUACGUUUUAGCCAAUUAAUAUCCAAAUCAAAGUGUAGUUUUCAACGCAGUACACACACGUGUGUCUACUGUUCGAUCGUAAAAUUAUUAAAUUUAAUUGUAAACAC